AUCAUAUCUAAGCAUAAUUGGCAUUCCAAAAUAUGGAUCUUCAAGUAUUAGACCCAUGUAACUUUGGCAUAUCACCCAAACAUGGCUUUCUGUCAUCACAGCCGCCUCUUUCCUCGUUCAAGAACAAAUAUUACGAGCCAUGGGACGACCUAAUCUCGAAUCUGCCUGUUUUUAUCAAAUCCAAUCAGCUCUUUCAAAAGAUAAGCGAAUUGCCUCUGUUGAGGACUGCCCAUCUUGAUAGCGAUUUGGAGUACCAGCGCGCGUACGUUGUUCUUGCAUUUCUCGUACAUGGCUUCGUCUGGAGCGGGACACCACCAAGAGAAGUAAUUCCGGCUCAAUUAGCAGAACCGUUUCUCACCGUUUGCGAGAAGCUAGGGCUGAAGCCUGUCUUGAGCUAUGCCGGUCUUUGCCUCUGGAAUUGGAAGCUGCAAGAUCCGAGGGCUGGAUUUGAACUAGAGAAUAUGGAUACUAUAGCAAGUUUCACGAACAGCAGGGGAGAGGCUGCCUUUUAUCAUGUUCCAGUACUUAUCGAGAACCAGGGCGGGCAUCUGAUGCACCUUCUCCUUGGCGCAAGCAAUGCUGCUAAAGCCAGCCAAAGAGAUGCAGUCGUAGAAGCUUUGAAAAAGACAGAGAAAACUAUUAUCAGUAUGGGGAACGAGCUUUCGAAAUUGUACCCUGUUUUAAAGGCCGACUUCUUUUAUAAUGAAUUACGUCCUUUCAUUGCUGGAGGUAAAGACAUGGAAGAAAAAGGCUUACCUCGUGGGAUGAUCUUCUUGAGAUCCAAUGGAAAAAAAGAGGAAUAUAAGUUACCAGGUGGAAAUGCAGGACAGAGUAGCUUAUUCCAAUUCGUGGAUUGCCUACUCGGUGUGGUGCACGAAGACCCAAUAUUCUUUGAAAUGAGAAGCUAUAUGCCCCAAAUCCAUCGUAACUUUCUUCAUCAAAUAUCGAAAUUAUCCUCGUUGAGGACAUAUUUACAGACCAGGGUUGGUGACGAUGAGCUUUGGAAAGUUUACAAUGAUUGUGUAAAAGAGUUGAAGACUUGGAGAGGCAAGCACAUGGCAGUUGUCUCCAAAUAUAUUAUCCAGCCUGCAAGAAAAGCUGUGGAUCAUGUUGACACAUUUCCGGAAGAAAUGGGUUGUCAAUCUGCGAAUAAUUGUGAUAAUGGGGACAAUCUGAGAGGCACGGGAGGAUCGGCAUUGCUCCCUUUCCUGAGACAGGCCAGGGACGAGACCGCUGCUCUAGAGGUGUAGCAUUACAUUUGAAAUUAGCAAGCUUGUAUUUGAGUUUGCUAAUGUAAGAUCCAUU